AUGUUUCAUCUAAGUGAAAUGUGGUGCUAUCACUGGAAAUGGAAGCUGCAGCACUGUCUUUGCUUGUUUACUGCAUAUAUUGUAUGCAUGCAGCAAGUAGCUUAUGGAUGCUAUGACUGUAGGAUCGUGCUAACUGAUCCCUCUGGAGUUUUCACUUCUCCAUGCUUCCCCAGUGAUUACCCAAACAGUCAAGCAUGCAAGUGGAUCAUCCGAGCACCUCAUGGGUUCAUCAUACAGCUGACAUUUAUUGAUUUUGACAUCGAGGAGGCUCCAGGCUGCAUUUAUGAUUCACUGACAUUAGACAAUGGUGAAAGCCCAAUGAACCUUUGUGGCAUCACUGCCAAAGGAUUAUCUUAUAACUCUACCGGAAAUGAAAUGAUUGUGUCAUUUAAAAGUGACUUCAGUAUCCAAAAGAAAGGGUUUAAUGCCAGCUAUGUACGAAUUGCUGUGUCUCUGAGGAAUCAGAAGGUCAUCAUUCCCCAGGUUCCUGAUGUCGAUGCUGUGUCCCUGUCAGAGACUGUCUCAGUGCCAGAGCUUAGCCAGUUUACACUGUGCUUUGAAGCAACCAAGGGCAGCAGCGAUGACAUAGAUGACUGGAAAGUUUUCUCCUACACUGACACCUUUUCAACAGAAUUCUUCAGCUUUGGGAAGACCACAAAAGGCCAUUUUCUGUCCAUCUCAGGCAAGCAGUGCAUCCUUGAGAAUGCGUUGCCCCGAAAUGCAGAGUUUUUCACAGAAGUCUUUCAACAGCUCUGUGUUGUAGGGGACAGCUUCUCAGGCACUAUAGCUGUAUACACCAAAAGCACCUAUCAUAUAGAAUACUGUCCGGAUAUCUUUGGCAAAGUUAUCCCAGGAAAUGGGAGGCUGGUGCUAGGCUCUAAUAGCAAUGAAGUGAGCUCUCUAAAUGGGGACGUUUACAACUUCCGCCUCUGGAAUUUCACCAUGAAUUUGCAAACACUGGCCAACCUCAGCUGCGAUGUGAAAGGAAACAUUGUAGACUGGGAAAAUGAAUUCUGGAGUAUUCCAACUUCAGCACUGAAAGCAGAAAACAAUUUGAGUUGUGGCUCAUAUUUAAUUCCCUCUUCUGCAAUUGAACCAACCAGUUGUGCAAACCUGGGAAGCCUUUGCCAAGCUACUGUAAAUGCUACUACUCCUACACCACCCACUGUCACCACUAACAUGCCUGAUACUAACAGAAACGAUAAGCCAAACAAUGACCUGCAGGAGUUCAGACUUCCUGCCACAGUUAUCUUCAGAAUGAAGAGAAAUUCACCUGAAUCCUCCCAUUCACAACCACAGAAACAGCAAGAAUCUAAGAUAGAAGGGGUCAAAACCAUAGGAAUUAUUUCAACCCCAAUUAUUUGGCCAGUGAAACAAAGGCCUCUUCAUUUCAGUAAAAACUCAGCAGAGGAGAAUCCAAAGAAAAAAAACACAUACAGCUUGUUUCUUCCAACUGUGUCCACACCAGCUGCUUCCGAGGAGCCCAGCAACAAUACCAUGGCUGCUUUUACAGAAAAAAUCAACCUAGAUAAUACUGUGAUGAAUCAGUUACCAAAUGAAAAUAUUUUGAAUGAUUCCAGAAGUCCAUUUCGUGGCACAUCUGAUGGAGCAGUUGCUGUUACAGAGGCUUCUGUGAAUGCAGCAGUUCCUCUUUUUCAAAGCAGACAUCCUAAUGCAAAGGUAGCACAGACUUUGGCAGAUGGGCUAGAUCGUUCCAACUCUGAGUCAGCGUUCCAUUCGCCCAUUAGCAGCAGCAGCAAUGCUGCUUAUGAACAGGAAAAAGAAACUCAGUGGAUUUCGUCCUCCAACAGCAGCACAACCAAUUUCAUAUAUAUAAGCAACACCUUGGAGCCUGUGAGUUGGUGGAGGGAGACUGUAUUUCAUCAUCCUAUCACCUUAGACAUUCAAGACAGACGUUCUAGCUUAUCUAUAUCACCUACAGAGAACUCAUCGGUCCAACAAAAGCUAGAUUUGUUAGACUUCACACCUGAAAAUUUAGAGGGCAGUGCUGAUAGGAAAACUUCUCUGUUAGCAGCAAAUAGUGGCUUUCAGCUUAGUGAAUCUACACACAUUAAGGAACAUCGCUCAGGAGUCAUUACAAAUUUAACCUCUGCAGAGACUCCACAUGCAAACCCAACAACUUUUUUUCAGAAGAUGAAAGUGACAUACACUAAAUCUAUGCCUGUCAUCCAACUGACAAAUUCAGCCCUAGAACGCAGUGGAGAACUACUAACAUUGUCAGCACUUCUAGUAAGAACAGACUGGGCAGACUCAGCAUUGAAGCAUGUUGUAACAACCCUGCCUGUUAAUCAACAAUCAUUGACUCACAUAUAUUUGGAAAUGGACAACCUAUUUAAUAGCAAUUACUGGUCUCAUUAUUUAAAACAGUCAGUAUAUAUUCAAAACCCAAGUGAGAGCCUCAGAAGUGGAGUACUGGAGGACAAUUUAGAUGCAUUUCAUGGUAAUAAUGAAAACAAAGAGUCUUCUUUUUCCAUAAUAGAACCAGGGAACAUGAAUGGAUUUGGCAGCUCCUGGGACUCAGGUUACAUGAAUUUUCCAACAAAAUAUGGAGAUAUUUCUCCUUCUUUAACAGCAGAUUUAUGGACUGUUUCCCAUAAUUUCGAAGAAGUAUCUCAAGUCUUUUCUGGGGAACCAUCAGAAAAUUGGUGGCUCUCAUUUAACAAACGAUUUUCUUCCCCCACAGAGAGAUUGCCACCCAUUAGUUCACCUGCUAAGUCUGACAGCAUCUCUGAACAAACAUCUGCCAUUAGAUUACUAGGUCACAAGGCUGAAGAAACUAACUUUUCUAGUCAGGAAACUUUGGAAACACAAAUCUUUAGUUCAUUUAUUGCAGACAUUUCAAGGGGAAUUUCAGAAAGUAGUGGCAAGACAGUAUCACAGUUGCAGUCAACAAUGAACUUUGCAAACCCAACUCUACCUUCCAAAAGCGAAUUUUAUUUUGAUUUGUCUUUCCCUUCCCUGGAAGCACCUUUGAGUCAAUCCUCCAUAUGGGUACAGGUAAGUCCCUUUGAUAAGGUACUUGGAAACUCCACAGAAAAAUUAAUAUUUGAUAGUUUGCAGAUGCAAAUUGGAACUGACACAGUAAGUGAUCAAACCAACAUGACCUUCCUAAACAAUCAGCAGCAUGUUACUGCACUUCCAGAAACCCAGCCUUCAUAUUCAAGAGGUAGUCAAGCUGAUUUCUCAAUGAAUACAUCAGUUAAGAGUUUGGUAGACAGUACAAGAACACAUGGAUCACCACAGUCUCAAAGUCUUUCAGGAAAUGAUGCUGUGACAGAUACCACUGAUAAAGCAGGAAGUAAAGUUCAAAUAGAUGCAAGUGCCUUUUUAAAAAAUAUCAGUUUGAGGAGUUCUGACUUCCUUCCAAUGACAUUGUCUUUGGAAUUAAGGCAUCUUCUUCAUUCAGACUCAAAAUUCAGCAUCAGUGUACCUCCUAACACCUACUCCACACCUCCACUCCCGCAAAGCUUUCAGAACCAUCUUGAUAGAAUUUCUUCAAGCCUGAUUCCUCAGUGGGAUCUAGAAGAGUUAAGGUCGCCAACAACAACACGGAGAAGUCACUUAAAUCUUUUAGGACAGAACUCUGUUGAAAAUCAAGGGGACAGCCUGAGAUACUCUCUUUGGGCAACAGAACAAGAAAUCAUUGGUGCUAACAAAGACGUGAGGAAUUCUGCUGUUCCGACAUCAACAAACAUAUUGACGCUUUCCAAAUGGGAUGUGGAAGCAGAUGGGUAUGGAUCUUUUAGCAACAACAGAGGAGUAUCUUUGAAUAUUGUUAGUACUCAAGCCUUAGAUUUUGAAAAUGCUGACUAUGAACAUUUUGCAAAUAUGUCCUCUGUUUUGGAGUUGUCAAGAACUGCAGUGAUGAAUGGUGCAAUACCUUCGCAAUCAUCACAUAGUGAAGUUAUUAUUCAUCACAGAGAGACCAUCUUGAAGGGUGGGCUAUUCUACAGGAUAUCUAUAACUGUCUUUAGUACCAACUCCAACUCGGUGUCGAAAGUACAUGAUGUGGUUGCAGAAUGGCUAAAUCGUACUUUCCAGAACUGGAAUUACACGGUGUACGUGGUCAAUAUCAGCAUCUACCCUGGCUCCAUGAAAGAGGGAGCAAGAGAAAAAAGAAGUAUUAAAAGUUUUGAGGUUUUGGCUCUUCUGGUUUAUAAUUCUACCAACAAUAUCAAUUUAGAAGAGGAAGACAUCCGACAGAAGCUCAUAAAUAAUAAUGGAACCAUGGAAGGAGGAUAUAGGCUUUAUACUGUGGAUGUCGAUCCAGUUGAAAAAUGUUUAGCUGAAGAAAACCCUCCAAAUUAUUUUUGGCCAGAUACCAGACCUACUGUGACCAAUUUCACAUUAUGCCAUGGGAGCUCUGUUCAGACUGCAUCCAGAACCUGCUAUUUGGGUCUGCAUAAUUACACAUCAUAUUGGGGGCAACCUGAUCUUAGAAAUUGCACAGAAAAUGCAGCUGACAUUGCCAAUCAGCUUCUGAAUCUUACUGGUGAAGGGCAGCAGCUAACUUCAGACAAAGUAAAUGAUGUUGUGCAGAAGCUAAAAAAAAUUGUAAACGAUGAAGAAAUUGAUGAAUCACUGGGUUCUACCGUGGUGACAAUUUUUUCCAAUAUUCUAAACAGUUCAGACAGUGUAUUGGCAGCAUCAUCCUCAGAAGCUCUAAAAACUAUUGAUGCCUUAGCUUUAAAGAUCCAGUUCACUGGACCAUCCAUGAGUAUUUCAACACGAAAUCUUGCACUUGGAGUGUCUUCUAUAAGCUCAGCUUCAUUCAGAGGUGGUUCUUUCAGUGUCAGUCCACAAAAUAAUGCAUCUGAUUUCCAGAUAGAUUUUGACAAGGAUCCUACAAAUGCCUUGGCUUCUGUCGUACUGCCACCAAGUCUACUGAAGAAUUUAAGUCAAGAUGAGUUUGAAGUUAUAUCCAGGGCUCAAUUUACUUUCUUCAAUAAAAAUGGUCUUUUUCAGGAUGCAGAAAAUCCUGCCAAUUUGACCAGUUUUGUGGUGGCAUGCAGUAUUGGAAACGUAACCAUUCAGGAUCUUCAGGAUUAUGUGAAGGUUACAAUUAAACAUACCAAAGUUCAGGAAGAUCCUAAGCCUACCUGUGUCUUCUGGGAUAUGAACAAAAAUGGUGGCAAUGGUGGCUGGAACCCUGAGGGCUGCCAAGUGGGCACAGAGUCCAAUGAAAAUGAGACCAUUUGCUUAUGCAACCACCUCACACACUUCGGGGUCCUAAUGGAUCUUCAGAGAGCUGCUGCAGAAAUUGACCCACAGAAUACUAAGGUCCUCACUUUUAUCACUUACAUAGGCUGUGGGAUAUCUGCUAUAUUUUCAGCUGCAACACUUCUGACAUAUAUUGCAUUUGAGAAGCUGCGAAGAGAUUAUCCAUCCAAAAUCCUGAUGAAUCUGAGCACAGCCUUGUUCUUCCUUAACUUGAUCUUCUUGCUCGAUGGUUGGAUUGCAUCAUUUAAUAUAGAUGGCCUCUGCAUAGCUGUAGCUGCACUUCUGCACUUUUUUCUUCUGGCCACCUUUACAUGGAUGGGACUGGAAGCCGUUCAUAUGUACAUUGCCCUAGUGAAAGUGUUCAACACGUACAUCCGGCGAUACAUACUGAAGUUUUGCGUCAUUGGCUGGGGUUUGCCAGCUCUGGUGGUAGCAAUUGUUUUAGCAAGUGCUAAUACAAAUACAAGUCGUAUUUAUGGCAAAGAUUUAUAUGGCAGAGAUGCUAACGGGCAAGGAGGAGAUGACUUCUGCUGGAUCAAGAGUAAAGUUGUCUUUUACGUGACUUGUGCCGGCUACUUUGGAGUCAUAUUUCUGAUUAAUGUUGCCAUGUUUAUUGUGGUGAUGGUGCAAAUAUGUGGGAGGAAUGGGAAAAGAACUAAUCGGAGCCUGAAGGAAGAGAUUCUGAGGAACCUCCGUAGCAUGGUCAGCUUGACCUUCCUCCUGGGCAUGACUUGGGGCUUUGCCUUUUUUGCCUGGGGUCCCUUAACUCUUCCUUUCAUGUAUCUCUUCUCAAUUUUCAAUUCACUGCAAGGUUUGUUUAUAUUUGUAUUCCAUUGUGCUAUGAAAGAAAAUGUGCAGAAACAAUGGAGGAGACAUCUCUGUUGUGGCAGAUUCCGACUGGCAGAUAAUUCAGACUGGAGCAAAACAGCAACCAAUAUUAUAAAGAAGAGUUCUGAUAAUCUUGGGAAAUCCUUAUCCUCUAGUUCUAUCGGCUCAAAUUCAACCUACUUAACAUCCAAAUCAAAAUCUACAACGAACACAUAUUGCAAACGAAACAGCCACACAGAGAAUGUUUUUCUUGACAAGGCAUCUUCAAAUUUUGCUCAAGAGGAUGGAGAACAGACAUCAAUCAUCCCUGUCCACAAUGUUACUGUCAAGGUUAAGAGAUACUGCAAUCCUCACUCUGACAACUUCUAUGAAAAUAUCAUCAUGUCUGACACAUUUACUCUCAGCACAAAGUUCUAA